UCCUCCAUUUUCUUCCCAUCUUUUGCAGAUCAGAGCGUGUUUGGUGGGUGAAAGUUUGAAGAAACUUGUGUAAAUUAUAUACAGAAGGGGCAAGACCCUCUCGACAGAGAUAGAAAAAGAAAGAACGAAAGAACAACACCACCCCAGCGCAACAAAGCACGCACCAUGGUUCGCAAGGCACUCCUGUCCGGCGCUGUUAUUUUGGUGGCAAUUUGGGCCACCGGGAAGGCACAGGAAACGGAACAGAGCGGCGGUGGUGCAUUGACCCUGGAAGAGCAGGCCGUCCAGUACAAGGCGACGGUGCUGCUGGUACUGGCGAAUCGGGCAACCAGCCUGCCCGCCGAAAGUGAACCAGCGGUGGCGGUCGUGGUGGAGGAGGCUACCCAGCAGCUGGACGCGUGUGCCGCCGGUCUCAAGGUGCACCAGCAGCUUUGGCAGUACAAGGUGUGCGGUUCGGCCGUAUUGCAGCAGGGGCUGAAUGCGCUGUCGGCGCUUCAGGCGGCUAAUGGAGCAUCAGCCAGCGUCUAGGCUCUGGUAGGACAUUGCAGGGCGUUGGGGAUGACAAUAUGACGUUUUUUAUGCGAUUGGGACAGACAAUAAAGGUUUCUCGCUUGGCGGGGGAUAUUGAUUAAUC